CUGGAGAAAGCAGAUGUGCGCUUUUUUGGAGCUCGCGCUGCGUUUCCGCGCUGUCAUUGUUUCCGUUUCCACCUCCGAGAAGACUCACGCCUCCACACAUCUCUCUCUUUUUUGUUUUUUUUUGCACUAAAUCCGCUACGCUGGGUUUGGGACUUGUCUGAAGUUUUGAGGAGAGUUCAAAUCAUCUUUUUUUUUUUUUUUUUCCUCUAACCAUGGGGGACAUCGAGGCUCCCGACUCGAACCGGCCACGCCAGUCGGUCCUGCUCUCUAUUCUUCCGACCAAAGAGUUCGCCACCUCACGGAAAGGCUCGCUGCUUAUUGCUGAAGUGGUGCUGUCCUUUGUGUCAUUUGUGUGUUUCGCGGCAUCCAUAGCAGCAGCCUUUGUGACAGUUCCCCUGCUGGAGUUUCUGGCCGCUCUCUUCUUGCUGUUUGCUUACUCCAACAAAUUCAACGAGAGGUUUAAAGGCUUCCUCUGGCCUCUGAUGGAUUUCAUGAGAUGUGUGACUGCCUCCAUUAUCUUUUUCAUCAUCUCCAUAAUUGCAGUGUCCAAAUAUGCGGACGGUUCCUCCAAAGCUGCAGGGAUAUUCGGGUUUAUUGCCACCAUCGUUUUCGCUUUAGAUUUUUACCUCAUUUUCAAUGAGUUGGCCAAUUUCCUAAAGCAAGGAGGGGAAUCCAAUGAGGAGCCAUCAAGACAGCAAGAUGAGUACUCAGACUCUGAUUCAGACUGAGCCCGCGGGGAUCUUCAUCAGCAGAUAUGUUUGAUCCAACAAAAUAAACCUUUUUACAGGAGGAAGUGCCACUGCUGAGAAGUCAUCUGUACACAUCCUUAGGUGUUCAAUAUGCUGAAAAGGUUACAUUAACACUGAGUACAGUAGAAACCACAUCAAGGUAACACUGACUGUCGGUUUGUUAUGUGCAUUUAUUUGUAGUUUAGAGGCACUUCAUGCAGUCUACUAGAUAUAUAAAGAGAGGGAACCAGAUCCUCUUUAUCCUCUUUUCUUCUGCUGAGUAAUGAAAGGUUCGAAGGUAUUCCACACAUAAAUCAAGUCAAGACAUUUAGGAAACACUGAAAAACUGAUGUUUCAAGCAUGUUGGUCUUUUUAGAUGAGUUAUUUACAGACCAUUGCAAGUAGUUUAUGAAAACUCUGUUCUUUGCCAUGCCCAAACUAAUAUCCAGUGUGAUAGAUAUGAAAAUAAUAAGAUAUGAAAGAUGUAAAAAUUAUAAAUGCCAUGUUAAACCUGAUGCUUAGACGACCAUGAAGCUGUGAAAUGAUUUGGUCUCAUCAUGACUGAAAUAAUGACUCAUUUUGACUGGGCCGUUACUGUGACCCUAUUUACAGACAUAUUAAACACUAAAUUAAUGUCAUUGGUUAAUAAAUGAUUUAGAGGACUAAUAAUAAAGUGGUAUUGUAACAAAGAUGUUUUUAAAUGGAAGUGCGACAUAAGAGAAUUGGAAAGAAAGGAGUUCCUGAUGUGCGGCUGUCAGAUAUAAAUUUACAGUAUUACCAUUUGUACAGUAUCACAGAUUGGUUGCAGGUUGGCUGGUUACAACCUCUGUCCAAUUGUCUUAAGUCUACAGUGUAUUUUUUUAUAAUGUGAGGAUAAUGUUCGCUUAUCUUCCUUUAAAUUCAGCUUUUGGGUGGACAGAGUUCCUGUGGCGUGCUGCACAGCAUGGCAACCUUUUCUAAACAUCUUUUGUGUUUGAGAGUUGUUGAGAAUGAACAGAAAUGAUUUAUAUUUUCAAACCUGUUCAAUGAACCCCAAAGUAUGAGAGGCCGUCACGUUCCAGUUUGCCUGCUGUUAUGUGCUUCUUACAACCCGAGUGUGUGUGUCACAAUAACUAAUAACAAUGCAUUAUUGUUUUCUUAGAUGCUAAAUAUCCUAUAUGUGAAUCUUUAUUGAAAAAAACAAAUGUGUUUGCUUAUUUUGAUUGUCUUUAAUUUUUUUUUUCACUUCUGCAUGUAAGUUAGAUUUUUCGCUUCUACUGAGAAAUUAGACGCACUUGAACGCCACAGUGACUGUAAUAUACGCUGCACUUCAUGAGUGUAUCAACAGCACUGUGAAUUGAAAUCGUACACAUGUGGCAUCAGCGGCCUCUGAUUUCCUGGAGGAAUUUCAACCGGCAACUAACAGUUAACAAAACCCGUCCAAAGUUGCAAUUACAUCCAAUAAUGAAUCACAAUGAUAAUUUUUUUCUUCAGUGGCUCCAUUUAUAUCAAGAUAUUUUUUUUUAUUAAUGAUGCUAUGAAAAACUUCCAAACAUCUGCAUUGCAAGAGAUGCAGAAGACCCCGCUUCGACUGAUGCUGAUCUGAGUGAUAUGUCUUUGAUUUCCUGUGAAAAACAUGUAUUGUUCCACAAAACUGUGAAAAACAGCUUGUUUACAUAGUGUUUGUCAAAUAAUCCAAGGAGAGAUUUCAGCCAUCAAGGAAAAUUUAAAAGGACAAGUUUAUCAUCAUCAUCAGUCAUUAUGCACUCACCCCAAUGCUGAUGGAAAGUCAGGUGAAGUUUUGUGGUCCAGAAAACAUUUCUGGAGCUUUACAGCAAAACAGAGUUGCAGCAUUCUCCUAAAUGACUGAAGUAGAUGGGGACUUGUUGCUCCAAACGGCAUAAUCAAUGAUCUAAAAAGGAGGUAUUUACAUCCUAUGUGCACCUACUGGGGAGCAGACUAACACUAUUAGCUUGGCAGCUUAAGUGAAGAUUUCAGCUUUUAAAAAGAUCUUUUCAAAUCAAUUUUGGAUCCCUGGGCUUCCAUAGACAUGAUUUACACCUGAUGAGCUUUAUGGAGCCAUUUUAGUUUACGGUCAGUUGUUUUUUUCUGCUCUUGAAAACAAGUCUCCAUCGACAUCUGUUGUUUAAGAGAAUGCCGCGAUGCUGUGAACCUCCAGGAAUGUUUGUCAAACCACAAAACUUCACUUUCCUUACCAUCAACAUGAUCUUGAGUACAUAAAGACUGGAUCUUCGAUUUGUUUGGGUGAAUUCAUCCUUUAAUCCUUCAGAUUAUCUGAAAAUUUCCACAAUACCAAAUCUCAAACUGAUUUUUUUGGUUUUGUUUUUUGAACUGCUUUUUCCCCUUUGUACAAAAGAUGUUGGAAUAAAAACCAAACCUUUUUACAAUAAUGUCCAAAUCACUUUAUUGAAAUCGUCACUAUAAACUGAUGUGAAGCCUUUUGUCAACGUUUUAAAUACAAAAAUACAGCUAAGUGUGGCUCCAUGCUGUCCAAGACAGACCUCGUUGUCAUCAUUAACAAAGCACACCGAAUUCAAAGUCGACAGAGGAGCACGUCACCUCUAACUUCAUCCAUACAGUCAGACGGAUCACGUCCGCUUUUCAGAGCACAAUCUGGAAGCCAGUGGAAACUUUUCCUCUCCUUCCCCCAUAAAUACAAAUACUUCAUAACAUAUUGUAGCAUGAGGUUGUAUAGAGAGCUGCAAAUACGAUGGUCUGUUUAUAUUAUCAAAUAGCAUAAUGCACUUGCAUGAUUGUGCUCGCAAAGUCUGCUGUACAAACGUUUAUGUGAAUAUCUUUACAUCAGACAAAUCCAUUAAUGUAAGUGACAGACAGUAUAACGAAUAUGAUUGUCUAUUCAUAAAUCUACUUCAGAAUUAGCAGUCGUACAUGAUAUAAGUUACUGAGAACAAGCUUCAUUCAUCGAGCAUACUGUAUAGUGUGGAAAUUCUUCAGGCUGUUAAAGAAGCCAUACAGUUUUUAUUUUUCAUUUGAAGCCACAGUCAAAUACACUUCUGGUCCUAUCCUGACUGUACACACACACACACACACACACACACACACACACACACACACACACACACACAC